AUGGUGAGUUUCUGGAACGCGCUGCCAGGGAUGGUGGCGGAGGCUGAUACGAGACAGGCGGUGAAGAGAUGUUUGGAUAGGCACGUGAGUAUGCAGGACGCGGUCACCCUGAAAAUCUACAGCAAAUGUUCUGGAGACGGCAGCGUGCGCGGUGGAUAUGCGCAGGUUCAACAGCUCCUCGACACUGAAAGAGUUUUGAACCGCGAGGGACUGGGAGUUAAAAUGGCUUCGAAACACCAGGUCGAGAGUUUGGCAGAGGAGACACUCUGUCCCAUCUGCCUGGAUUUAUUCACCAACCCGGUUAUCCUGGGGUGUGGGCACAACUUCUGCCGCUCCUGUAUCACACAGAGUUGGGACACGGACGGGAGAAACUCCUGCCCGGAAUGUAGAGAGGUGUUUACAGACCGCACCCUCAAAGUUAAUCGGGCCUUGGCGAGACUGGCUGAGAAAAUUCGAACACUGAGCCUGAAUACGGAAGAGAAGGAAAGUAAACAUCACUGCGAGAAACAUCAGAAAGAACUGAAGCUGUUUUGUGAAACGGACAAGAAACUGAUCUGCGUGUUUUGUCGAGAUGCGCGGGAACACAAGUCUCACAGCUUCAUACCGAUUAAAAAAGCUGUUGCAAUCUACAAGGAUCAGGUUAAAUCAUCCAUACAAUCUCUGACAACAAAUAAAUCAGCCAUCCAGGAAAUGGAAGAGCAACAGAAGCAGAAGAUUUCCCAAGUCCGGGUGAGGCCUUGCUGUGUGGCAUUUCUGAUCGUGUUGUGUAGUUUUGUAUUUUGGUUAAUGCACUACAGCGUAGCGUGGCAGCAGUUAGAGCAGUCAAUAAGCCUCAAGUCGCGCGUCACAUCUCAGUUUGCUGAACUGCACCAGAUUCUCGUGAAGAAAGAGCAGCGCAUUCUCGGAGAGAUCAAGGAGGAUGAAGAGAAGAUUCUAAGUCCAAUGGAGAAAAAUCUUCAAGACAUUCAAGAGAAUUUAAACUCUAUUGAGGAAAAACUCUCAAAUCUGAAGGGGCGAAUGGAACAAACAGACAUCGUGUUAUUUCUGAAGUGCCCUCACGAAAGUUUCAUAUUCUAA